AUGACAGAUUUAGGCACAACUCGCAGACCAUUUUUAUCACUCACAAAAGCCUACAGUCUGCUCACCAAAGCUCAGACAACAUCUGCAGUCGUAUUUUCUACAUUUGCAGCCAUUCAUGGAGUUCAAUUACUAGCUGCUAAUGUAGGAGGAGCAUCAUUAGCCAACCACUGGUUGAUUGUUGGCAGACCCUUUUACCAGGAUGAGCACAUGGAAGGCAUUUUGGUCACUGGCUCAGCUGUCACCCAUGUCCUUACAGGCCUUGCAAAGCUUGGUAUUCGUCUCUAUUGGAACAGAAACAAACAACUCACUGCUGCCAUCGCACCACCCAACAAUGAAAACAAUCUGCUGCGUUACCAUGGAUUGGCAGGCUACUUAUUGAUUCCUUUGGCAGGGCUUCACUAUUAUUUGGUUCGUGGAUUACCUAUUGAUUAUUAUGGCGACUCGGCAUUCAUCGAUUUCGGAUACAUUGCCUGGGGAUUGCAAAACAAAUCCAUCUUCUCGUAUGGUUUGCAUACAGCGCUUAUUGUAGCUGCUUCUUAUCAUAUGGUGAGUGGUAUCAAGUAUAUAUUCCAGAGAAAACCUCGCCCUGUUGUAGCUGUGGAUUCAUCCAAGGUGCCAUUGAAUGGUCGAUCCGUGGCAGUAGAUCAAAAAGCCACCAAACAAAAGAAGAGCGUCUUGAUCCAAAAGAGCGUUAUUGCUGGCCUCAGUCUAGCACUUGUGUCUAGUUUAGUUAUCAUUAGCAGAGACACCAAGAAAAUACCCUUGCGUCUUGAUUUUGCAAAAAUGUAUGCUCGCAUUAUUUAA